AUGGACAGCCCUAUCGAAAUGCAAGAAUUGGAUAAAGCUCUUGCAAAUACCAAAUUAGGAAAAAGCCCAGGUCCUGACGGAAUCAUCCCUGAAGUACUUGUACAUGUUGGAAAUCGCUUGAGAGACUUCCAGCUUAUACUUUUCAACAUCUUCUGGACAACAGAGGACUUUCCUCCUGACUUGAUAAAUCCAAAUAUCACCAUACUGUUCAAAGAGGGGGAUAGAAGCAUGUAUGGACAUUACAGAGGUAUAUCACUACCGUGCGUUGUGGGGAAACUGUUUGCGGAUAUCAUCCUGCAAAGAUUGCAACAGGUAGCGGAGUUUAUUUACCCUCAGUCGCAGUCAGGGGUAAAAAUCAGAUUUCGUUACGAUGGUGAUCUCUUUGACCUUAAAAAAGUUCUUGCAGAUUUCACCAGAGAGGCUCAAUAUGCUGAUGACAUGGCAAUUUUUAGCGACACAGCUCCUGGUUUGCAACUGCUUUUAACAGAAUAUUAUAGUCUUGCUCGGCAAAUGGGUCUGCGCAUCAACACUUCCAAUACAGAGACUAUGUGCAUUGGAACAAAUGCUGAUUUCUUCAUUGAUGAUGCAAAAUUGGCUAAUGUCUGGCUAUAA